UUUCCUCAAUUACAUGAACCGGAAGUACUUUAUUUUGUGUCGCUGAGGAAACGUUGAUUAGACACGUGCGCACAGCGUUUAUCAACUGGUGGCUAUAUAGCAUUUUUGCAAGUGGGACACCUAUGUAAAAUAUGUUUUGGAAGCGUUAAACUCAGAACUCGUAUGAGGACGAUAAAGGAGAUAUCCAAUGUGGAUUGACUGAAGUCCCAUCUGUGGAAGACUUCUUAGAGGAAGAACUGCCAGGAACAGAAGGAUGAAAAGGAAAAGGAGAAAGAAGAAUGCUGCUGUAACAGAGGCCAUGGGAGGGGAGGAGGACCCAAAAGAAGAGGCCCACCAGGGGCCUAGCACCUUAGCUGAAGUGAGGGAGGAAUAUCGUCCACCUGUGGAGGAUCUGGGAGUUAGUGAGGAGGAAGACCUGUAUCGAGGAGCUGAAGAUCUCCCCCAAGGGCCAGUCAAACGUGCAGGACCGGGGGCACUAUUUGAAAGCACACUUCCGAAGGCUGAGGACCGAUGCAGUCUGGAGCCGAUGCUGGAUAUUCUGUCCUACAGUGAGAGUGAGUGGAAGGGAAACACUACCAAAAGUACCCUUAUUAGAAAGGGUUACACUAAGCUGUCUCAGAGGUUUGAGAGCCUGAGACGGGUGAGAGGCGAUAACUACUGUGCCCUCCGAGCCACUCUUUUCCAGGUGCUCUCCACCAGCACCCAGCCCCCUGUCUGGCUGCAGGUCGAACAGAUCUCCACGUGGGCGGAGGACCUGGAGGCACGUGAGGGGCUGAUUGGCCAGUGGAUGUUCCCCUCGGAGUGCAGACAGGGGGAUGGGAGUGAAGACGCCGUCCAACAGCUCAAACGCUAUAUGGAACUCCUCCAGAACAGGUGGCAGGCGGUGGUGGGCUGCUCCAGCAUGGAGGAGAGACAGCGGUUGUGUGAGCGUGUGUUCCAGGGAGGGGAGGAGGAACUGGGGCUGCUGGAGGCCCUGAAGCUACUCAUGCUGGUCCGGGCGUCGGAGUUCCAUACCACCAUGCAAGAGGGAGGGGACGUGCCAGUCUUUUGCUGGCUGCUCUAUGCACGCGACUCUUCCGACUGCCCACGCACAUUCCUCUCCAACCACCUGAGUCGAGUGGGUUUCAGCGGGGGUCUAGAGCAGGUGGAGAUGUUUCUGCUGGGAUAUGCCUUGCAGUGCACCAUCCAGGUCUACAGGCUGUACAUGACAGACACCGAGGAGUUUGUCACCUAUUAUCCUGAUGACCAUAAGGAAGACUGGCCCUGUGUGUGUCUGGUCACAGAGGAUGACCGCCACUACAACGUCCCAGUGGGCCAGCACAAUGGACUCCAAGUCCCAGAAAACGUCACUGCUAUCCCAGAGGACGUCCCUCCAGACUGAUUGCCACUGAAGAAAAAGCUCAUGGCAUGCACACAGGGCCAUAAUGUCAGAAGGCUCCUCAGGUUGACUGGAAGAAGACUCAUGCUUAUUGACAGUUUACACUUAGUUAAAAAUAGCUUUUGGAGUAUGACUAGGGCAGAACGACAGGUUUUUAUCUUGUCAGCACGGGGAUUCGAUCUAGCAACCUUUCGGAUACUGGCCCAACACUCUAACCAUUAGGCUACCUGCCGCCCCAAUGUGGCUUGCUUGCCUUGAAUCCCGUCCCAGAACUGAUGAAUAAAUAUAUCAGAUCACACAAUACCAUCACGAUGCAUUUUAAUAUCAGGUGUAAAUUGUGUCUGUCAGAUGUCCACUUGCAUGAGAGAUGGACACUUAACCAUCCUGCAAAAGGUGACCAGAGCAAACUACAGUAAGCAGAAGUUGAAACCUCACAGCACGUCAUUUAAAAUAGAACCGAUGACUACUACUUCAUGUUAAGGGUUUAACUUUGACAUUGUUUGACACUGAAACCAUUUUGAUACCAGUAUUUGCUGUGACAUUAAAAAAAAAUGUAAAACAUGAUAUACCGGUACGUUUGUCUCAAAAUGCAAAUGUAAGGUUAGCACUAGCAAUAACGUAUUUGAAGAUGGGCUUAAACUAGAAUACAGAGGAGAUUGUUUGAUCAUUUGUCCCUGUGUCAAAGGCAUGCCUGGUCUCUGAUUUUGCCAUUAUUCACUUGACUGAAGGUGUGAUCUUUAAUGUUGCCUUUAACCAAGGUGCUCUUGGAGAAAAACAUUGUGUGUUGUUGCAACAUCCAGAUACUGUCAACUGUUUCCAGGUUCAUUGUUAAACCACCAGCCUCGGUUGGGUUCCAGAUAGGAAGCCUGGCUUGGUCCUCCAUGUUGCCUUAAGUUAUUUAUGUGCAAUAGGGGUGAAGAUUGGCAAUUUCUGCCUAGAGACCAUUUAGCAAGGAAAGAUCAAGGUAACACUGAUUAUACCACUUGGGUAAAUGCUUUUCUACAUUGUUCAAUUUUUUUUUUUAUUCACUGUGUGUCAAUGUUUCAAUAGUCUUCUAUUAUUUUGAUGUAUUUAUUUGCCAAAUAAGAUGCCUUUAAAAUAUGAAGAAAAUGGCUAUACUUGUCAAAAUAAAAUGAAAGUGCAGAUUCCCAGUCUGCAUUAAGUGGACAAGCAUAAUGAUGUGAACGGUCACGAUACCAGAAUGUUGAUUUCAAUACCACCAAAAAAGCAGCUAGUUUUUAUUUUUAAAGAAAGACAUUUGAUGUUCUGAACUGCACCAGGAGACCACCUAUUUAGGUCUGGGGAAAAAUGUAAGAACUGUAGCUUGGAGUAUUUUAAUACCUUGUAAUUCAAAUGCAUAUAAACCUAUCGUUUUUUUCUGUAA